AAAUGUGAAACGAACACAAACAAACGAAACAUAUGACUGACUUAUGUACCUACCUAAUUAAACAAUCAUCAGAGUUUAUUUCCCACAGGCUCAAAACAUAUUUAUUUAAAAUGUUGUUAAAACGUUGUUAAUUUUUAACUAUGAAUAACCAAAUAGUACACCAUACUUCAAUCAUAUUGCUAUAGUUGCCUUUUGUAAAUUUGAAGCUUAUAUGAUAGCAGCAACAAUGGCUUCAGAAGAAGGAAUGCCGGUGGACCUCUACAUCUAUGACCUGACACAUGGACUGGCAUCCUUGUUGUCACCAGCCAUAUUAGGUCGGCAGAUCGAGGGCGUGUGGCACACGUCGGUGGUGGUCUACAACCGCGAGUUCUUCUACGGCGGACACGGCAUCAGCAGCUGCGCGCCGGGCAGCACGCAGCUGGGUCCGCCGCACCAGACCGAGCGCCUGGGGCAGACCUUCGUGCCGUUCCAGGUGUUCGCCGACUACCUGCAGGGGCUCGCCACCACCACCUACACUGGCACCGAGUAUCGUCUGCUGGAGCACAACUGCAACCACUUCAGCGAGGAGGUGGCGCAGUUCCUGUGCGGAGGGCAUGUGCCCAAACACAUCCUGCGGCAACCCGACACCGUGCUGACCGCACCGCAGCGGCAGGCGCUGGGUGCCGUACUCGACAACCUGCUGCCCGGCCAGCCGCGACAGGUGUACGCGAACGGAGUCCGCCACAGCCGCCAGGACAGCCCCGACUACCUCACGCUCAACUCCGAAAUAGAGGAGGCCAGAGUGCAGUCGGCGGAGCUGGAGCAGCGGCGUAGCACGCUGGCGGAGAAGCUCGCGCGCAAGGAGAGGAAGAAAGAGAAGAAGAGGAAGAAACAGCUGCGCGGAGGCAACGGCGACGAGUCAGAGAUGGCGGAAGCUGUGGAGACGUCGCUGGGCGCGGAGCUGGCGGCGCGCGCGGGGCCCAGUGCGGCCGCGCUGGACGACGAGCGCCAGGACGAGCUGCGCCGGCGCACCAGGGACCCACCCAUCGUCUACAAGGACAUCGAUGGCGCGGCGGAGUUCGAGAAGCUGACGCAGACGCUGGCGGGCGUGGAGCUGGCGGCGGAGGAGAAGCAGAGCCUGGACGAGCUGCAGCAGUACCUCGUGCAGGGCGAGGGCAGCUGGGUGCUCGGUGACGAGUUCCUCGGCUUCGUCGCGCGGCUGCUGAACGACCCAGCGCUGUCGUCGGAAGUGCGAGUGGCGACGCUGCGCUGCCUGGCGGCGGCCGCGCUGCGUGACGACGUGUCGCUGUUGCUGCACCAGGACCGGCGGCACCACGCGCUGCUCAACUUCGCGCACGACAUCGACCGCCGGCCGCAGCCCGAGCAACACGCCAUCACACUCUUUAUGUGCAACCUGUGCGAGCACGUGUCGUCGUCGGAGUGGCUGCUGUACAUCAGCGAGUGGGAGCGGGACGGACAGCCGCUCUCCAACAUCCGCGUCACCACCAAGGUGUGCGUGCACGCGGCGCUGAGCGACGCGGCGGAGCUGCGCGAGGCGGGCACCGCGCUCAUGCACAAUGUGGCCACCAAGGAGCGCUGGAGCGUCGGCCGCGCGCUGCGGGCCCGGCUACCGCGCCUCGCCAAGAGCAAGGUGUUCGACGAGGUGUGCGCGGAGCUGGCGCUGGCGCUGCUGCAGCUGCUGCAGUCGGCGCCGGGCGAGGAGCACCUGUGGCGCAGCGUGCGGGCGCUGGCGCGGCUGGCGGCGCACUCGCACGACGUGCCGCAGAUCAUCGCCAUGGUCGGGCCCGCGCCCGCCGACUUCAGGGGGGUGAGUCCGCGCGUGGACGAGCAGAUAGACUCGAUAAUGAAGGCCAUGAAGUAGACGUCGGGCUGCGCCUGUCGCCGACCUUAGUUGUAAGAUGACAUUUGUAUUACGAUUCAGACUUCAAUUUAUUUAUAACUAAUCGGGAUAAAAGAGCCCCCGUUGUGAUAACGAACUGUAGUUACCCUGCAGCGGGCGUCGCGUCCUGUGACGCUCGCGGCUGCUGUGUAUAUGUUGCUAUGUUAGUGUUUCUCCAAAUUUAGCGUAAGUACCUGAGCUUGUUCGGCUUACUAGCCGCUUUGUAUCAUACUGUAUUUGUUAUUAUACUAGAUCCUUGGGUAGGUCUUUUCGUAUUUUAUUACGCUUUUCGGUUGUGUAUUAUUUUAUUAUAUUCAAAGGGAUUUUGUUUUUAAUACAGAUGCAAAAAUGUAUCAAA